AUGAAACCCGUCGUUGAUUGUCAAACAAAAGAGAAUGUGCCUGCGCCGAUUGCUAUCUUGGGAAUCGCAGUGCGGUUGCCAGGAGGUGUAAGAUCUACCACAGAAUUUUGGCAGAUGUUAAGCGGCGGGCAAGAUGGGCGAUGUGUGGUUCCUGAGUCUCGAUAUAAUGAGGCUGGAUUCUAUAGCGAGUCUGGAGCCCAUUCGGUGGGUACGCGACAUGGAUACUUUUUAGAAGAUGAUUUGGAGACAGUCGAUACAUCUUUUUUCGAUAUGGAUGGGCUACAGCCCGGUCGGAUGGAUCCUCAGCAAAAGCUACUGUUACAGGUGGUCUGGGACUGUCUUGAGAAUGCUGGGCAAGUGAGGUGGCGGGGGAUGCCCAUCGGUUGCUUUGUCGGCACUUUUGGAGGAGACUGGGAAGAGAUCGAGACCAAGGAUACGCAAAAUGCACACAACUUUCAUCUGAUCGGACGAGGGAAAUUUGCGCUUGCAAAUGUGGUGUCAUACGAAUUUGACUUCAAAGGUCCGAGCAUGACCCUAGAAACGGGGUGUUCUUCCUCUCUGGUCGCCUUAAACCAGGCAUGUCAGGCUCUAGAGAUGGGGGAUUGCACUUCCGCCGUUGUGGCCGGAUCCAAUUUGAUCUUCUCACCAACCAUCGGAAUGCAGGGAGCGGCACUCAGUGUAUUUUCACCUUCAGGCAUCUCGAAGUCUUUUGAUGCCUCGGCUGAUGGAUAUGGAAGGGGAGAAGCUGUAAAUGCGGUUUUAAUCAAACGCCUAGAUGAUGCCAUCCGUGAUGGAGAUCCGAUCAGAGCCGUAAUUCGGUCUACCAUGGUGAAUUGCGAUGGCAGAAGCCCUGGAAUAACAACGCCAUCUGCAGAGGCUCAGGAAAAGCUGAUAUUUGGAGCAUAUCAAAAAGCGUCUAUCGGUGAUAUCUCUCAGACUGCCUUUGUUGAGUGCCAUGGCACUGGGACUCUAGCAGGUGACCCAAUCGAAUGUUCUGCGAUCUCCAAAAUCUUCCCCAAAGGGGUUUACAUCGGCUCGGUAAAACCGAACGUAGGUCAUUCCGAGGGGGCUUCUGGACUUACAAGCCUUGUCAAGGCAGUUCUCAGUCUGGAGCACAGGCAAAUACCACCAAAUAUUCACUUUCGUCUCCCUAAUCCACGGAUUCCCUGGGAAGAGAAUCGUCUUCGUGUCCCCACAAAGCUCACCGCAUGGCCAAAAAACCGAGAAGAGAGAAUCAGUGUCAGCAACUUUGGAAUUGGAGGUACAAAUGCACAUGUAAUCGUUGACUCGUCUUCAUCGCUCCGUCGUACAUCGACAGCUCAAAAUACGCGGGAAGACUCAAGAUAUCUGUUGUUACUCGUAUCUGCAAAGAGUCAAGCGGCACUUUUGCGUCGACGAGAGAGCAUCCUCAGGUACAUGGAGUUGCAUCCGAGUCGACUUGAUAAUCUGGAGUAUACCCUGGCUGCUCGUCGUGAGCAUCUCACACAUAGAGGGUUUCUCAUAAAAUCAAGAGACAACGAGCAAAAUAUGGGCGAUAUGAAAAGCUCGGUCGUUGGCUCAAUACCAAAGCUGAUAUUCACAUUCACUGGCCAGGGCGCCCAGUGGCCUGGGAUGGGUAGAGAGCUGAUGGCGCGCUUCUCUAUAUUUAGAGACACCAUACGUUCACUAGAUCACAUCUUGCAGAGUUUGGAGAGUCACCCUAGCUGGAGCUUAGAAGACACCCUGGUGGAUCCAGACAAUGAUCGCAUCAAUUCCCCCAAGCUCUCUCAAACCCUUUGCUGUGCGUUACAGAUUGCUCUAGUGAACCUUCUGGCCGAACGGGGCUGUCAGCCCACUUCAGUCAUCGGUCAUUCUAGUGGUGAGAUUGCGGCUGCGUAUGCCGCAGGCGCCAUAACUGCCAAAUGUGCUAUUGCUAUCAGCUACUAUCGUGGCUUGCUGGUCGAAGAAUCAAGUCAGCUCGGGGCGAUGGCAGCGAUUGGAUUGAAUCGAGAGACAGUCGAAUUAUAUUUGCAGGACGAUGUUGUGCUCGCCUGUGAAAACAGCCCUAUAAGUAUCACUCUGUCCGGUGAGCCAUCUCAGGUGGAAGUGGUGCUGAACAGGAUCAAGUCAGAUCAUCCAGAUGUGCUUUGCCGGCAGCUCCGCGUGGACAGGGCAUAUCACUCCCGAUUCAUGGCUCCGAUUGCCAAAUUAUACACCUCCCGUAUUUGUCCUUACAUGGAAUUGCAAAAGGAAAUGAUCCCGAUGUAUUCAAGUCUGACCGGAGAUCGAGUAUCUGAUCCAUACCAGCUGAAUACCGAGUAUUGGUGCAGAAAUCUGGCAUCGCCAGUACUCUUCUAUGACGCAGCCAAGUCCAUCUUUGACGAGAUACAGGCGAGUGCAUUCUUCCUGAGAGAUUGGUCCUCAUUCAGCUUUAGCAGGCCCACUGCGAGAUAUUUUCAAAGCGUCCAGAAACACAAAGAACGAAAUGUCGUAUGCAUCCUGCCUAGUCCGUGGACAGGGCCAGGAAUCGUCGCUUCUACGGUCAUUGGGGAGGUCCUCACCGACCUUGAUCCUUACCCCUGGGAAUGUGGUAAGACGGAUUGGCGUGAGACCCGACUCACUCGAGAGUGGAGAUUUCGCCCGUUUGGACACCACGAGCUCUUGGGCUCCCGAGUAUUGGAAUCGACGCAGAUUGAACCAGCUUGGAGAAGUAUGCUGCACAUUAACGACGUCCCAUGGCUUUGGGAUCAUAGAAUCGGUGGGUCGAUAGUUUUCCCCUGUGCAGGAUAUAUUGCGAUGAUAGGCGAAGCGAUCGGCCAGAUCACCCGCUGCGAUAAAUAUUGCCUGAAAGACCUACGCAUAAACAAGGCAUUGACAUUGCAUGACCAUGAAAGAAUGGAAAUUGUGACGACACUCCGACCAGUCCGAUCUACCAACGAGCCGGGAUCUGGAUGGUACGAAUUCUCCAUCACGGCCUUUCGGAGGGGUUCAUGGAUCAACCAUUGCACCGGGCAAGGACGGGGUGAAAAGUCCUCAUCUGCAUCCCGAGACAUCAGAAGCUUCCCGAGAAAGGUUGAAUCAAAAGUGUGGUAUAGUAGUUUGAAAGACCGUGGGCUGGAAUACGGGCCACGAUUCAGCCAACUCCAGAACAUAUCGGCACAUCCAGUACAAUCAUCCGCUGCUGCCAGCCUUGAAAUUCCUGAUCCUGGAAACAUGAUUGAUCCUCCUACCAUCGAUCAAUGCUUACAGCUUGUGGCAGUCGCCAUGUGUAAUGGGCUUUCCCGAAAAUGCCACGGCGCGGGUUUGCCGGUCUUUAUCAAAGAGGUCUUUGCAGGCAAGACAGGGCCGACCCUUUUUCUCGAGGCGACGGCGGCAGUCACCUCUCUUGGUGUAAAUUCUGGCUGCGUUAUCGCACAGUGGGGAAGCCAGGUCGCAGUGAGAAUAGAUGGGGUCGAGUUUGUAGGCCUCGAUGACGGCCAGUCAGUCGAUGGAGAUCGUCAGCUGUGCUCGAAUGCCAUUUGGGGCCCUGAUGUGGAUGUUUUACCGGAGGAUCAUCUUCUGUCGUCUCCGGAACCAACGAUUGGCAGUCUCAAUGAGCAAUAUUUCCCGAAGUACCAAUUUUUUGACAUGUGUUUAGUCGAAACGGCGAGACGCAUUACUUCUUUGGAGCCGGUUUCCGACCAUCUACGCAAGUAUCAAAGAUGGGUAAUCUCAAAAUCAGCCGCCGUCCUGAAAAGCUCUGACCCGGUGAAGGAAUCAAGAAUACAGGCGCUCCUGCGGGCCCCGAGGCAAGAGUGGCUAGACAUUCUGACUGAUAUUCGGCAAGAAAUUGAGGCCACAAUGCCACUCACUAAUUGCUUUGCGGAACUGAGUUUCGCGAUAUUGGAACAAUGCGUGGAUAUUGUGGAAGGAAAAUGUUCACCACUCGACAUUCUAAUGGAAAAUGAGCGCUUAACCCGAUUAUACAACACCGGGUCUCAAAGAAAUUAUGAAGGUUUCCUGAAGGUUCUGGGGCACAGCCGACCCAAUCUGAAAAUCAUUGAGAUUGGAGCAGGAACCGGGGCAACAACAGCGAGAGUGCUGCGAGCUCUUCAUCCCCCUGGAAACAAUCGGCAGUACUCCCGGUAUACUUUCACGGACAUUUCUUCAAGUUUUUUCCAGCCUGCCAAGGAAAGAUUCAAAGCUCACAAUGCACUUGAAUUUGCAGUACUGGAUAUCAGUCGCCCCCUGGCAGAGCAGGGCAUAGAGACCGAGUCCUAUGACCUGGUAGUUGCGUCAAAUGUCCUUCAUGCAACACCGUCGAUCCAGGAGUCGCUUUUGAACGUGAAAUCUCUUCUCAAGCCCCGCGGUCGUAUAUUGAUUGAAGAAAUCUGUUCUGAUGCCUUACCAAUUGACUACAUUAUGGGGGUGCUUCCCGGGUGGUGGAUGGGCGAGAGUGACAAUCGGGCGGACGCUCCAUAUAUUUCAGCGGACCGGUGGCAUGAAGAGCUUCAAAGGGCCGGGUUUGUAGGUAUCCACGAAAAGGCAGACGAAGCAGAGAUAUACAUGACCUCGAUUAUAGCUUCCGUUGCAUCUCCACGGCGUCUUGACCAUGGAACGGUGAAUGUCUUAUGCCAUUCGAAGAAACACCCAUGGAUCAUUGAGCUUGCGCAAAAGCUGAAGGAUGCCGGCUUCUCUGUUGCUUGGUGUACAAUUUCAAACCCGCCACCUCCCAACGAAGACGUGAUAUUUCUCCUCGAUAUCGAAGAGCCGUUCUUGUAUCAGAUGACGCAGUACAGAUAUGAACAAGUCCAGAAAUACAUUUCGUCCUGCACAUCUACCAGGGUGCUCUGGGCUACCUGCAAUUCUCAGACACUCUGUCAAAAUCCCCGCUACGGGUUGACCUUGGGCUUCGCACGAACCAUGCGAGUUGAAUAUGAGAUGGUUUUCGCGACAGUGGAGCUGGACAACUUUGACCAAAAGUCACAGGCUACCCUAGUCGAGAUCUACCGGAAAUUCCAGCGAGAUCGGUUUGAAACCAAUGACACCGUGGAUUAUGAGUAUGCCAUUAAAGACGGUGUGGCCCAUAUACCAAGAUACCGCUGGAGUAGUCUAUCCCAAAAUCUGCUAGAAGAUGCUGCAAGAGAUGAGCCAAGGACCCUCACCAUCGAGCAGCCAGGGAUUUUGGAAUCCUUGACAUGGGUCGAAAUGGCCAUGCCCCCUCUCGGAGAGCAAGAUGUUGAGAUCGACAUCAAAUUCGUUGGCAUGAAUUUCAGGGACUUGAUGGUUGGUCUGGGCAUGUUACAGGCGAAGGAUGAACUGGGGCUUGAAGGCAGUGGGAUUAUCCGGCGUGUAGGAAGCGGAGUCACUCAUCUACAUACUGGAGAUAAGGUGAUUUUCCUUGCCACGCCGGCAUUCAGCACUCGGAUCAUGGUCUCAGCGUCUCUUGUUGUUGCGAUACCCACUGAAAUCUCGUUGGAGGAGGCAGCCACCGUCGGGUGCGCAUACACCACGGCUGUUCAUUGUCUGUUAAACGUUGGACGACUGGAAAAAGGACAGUCGGUCUUAAUUCACUCUGCGGCGGGCGGAGUGGGAAUUGCGUCAAUUAAAAUAUGCCAAAUUGUUGGCGUAGAGAUCUUCGCCACCGUCGGCAACCAAGACAAGGCACAGUAUCUGACCGAAGCUUUCGGCAUCCGAAAAGAGCACAUCUUUGAUUCUCGGAGUGCAUCCUUCUCUCCAAGUCUGCUCAGAAGAACCCGAGGCCGAGGGGUGGAUCUCGUGCUCAAUUCCCUGGCCGGAGACCUGCUUUUGGCAUCAUGGGAUUGCGUAGCAGAGGGUGGCAUCAUGGUGGAGAUUGGAAAACGCGACCUGAUGGGACAUGCAAUGUUGCCCAUGGAUCGAUUUCUCGCCAACAGGUCCUUCGUGGGAGUAGACAUUCUCACCCUCGCAAAUUCACGCCCUAAAAUCGUGCAAGAUUGUUUGAAUCAAGCUACCUGCCUCCUAGCCCGCAAGUCCAUCACUCCCAUCCAGCCCAUACGUACCUUUGCAGCCGAUCAUAUUGCCCAGGCCUUCAAGCAUAUGCAGGAAGGGAAGCAUAUGGGCAAGAUCGUUGUCCAGGUCCCGGAGGAGGUAGCACACAUCCCAACAUCCAAAGCCAGAACUAAAAUGUCGUUCAAUGGCGAUGGGGCUUAUCUUCUGGUCGGUGGUCUAGGAGGCCUGGGCCGUGCAGUGGCACAAUGGAUGGUUGAGCAUGGAGCCAAAUACCUAGUGUUUCUUUCGCGCAGUGCAGGGACCACAGCGAGGGAUGGCGAGUUUCUCAAUGAUCUGAUUCUGCAGGGAUGUCAUGGCCUCUUGGUCCAGGGUGAUGUCACGAGCUUGGCUGAUGCAAAAAGAGCAGUUACUGCCAGCUGCAGACCUAUAAAGGGGGUUCUGCACAUGGCAAUGGCCAUGCAGGAUACCCCUUUCUUUAGCAUGACUCAUGGCCAGUGGACAGAGGCACUCCGUCCAAAGGUGGAGGGAGCCUUGAACUUGCACGAUGCCUUGCAGUCCAACAACCUCGACUUCUUUGUCAUGUUUAGCUCGGUGGCAGCAGCGGCCGGCUCUGCUGGACAAGCUAACUACACGGCGGCCAAUACCUUUCUUGAUGCUUUCGCGCACUAUCGCCAGUCUUUGGGCCUACCAGCAUCAGUCCUUGAUGUUGGUUGGAUAACCGACAUUGGCUAUGUCAGCCAACAUCCGGAGCUCACGCGAAUGAUGCAGUCCAAGGGCUAUAUUCCAUUGCAAGAAGUACAUCUGCUGACUGCUCUGCAGUUACUCUUGUUUCCUCCCCGCACGGUUGACGGUGCUCCAUCUACCUUCCUUAACCAGAGUCAUCUUUCGCUCGGUCUGGGCCUGUCAGGGGCCCAGAUUUCAAAUAACUCACCCUAUAGGGAUGCUCGCUUCCGCUAUGAUCCGACUAUGGGACUCUCGCAUUCGGAAUCCCGAUUGCCAGAAGGGAGUGACGUUCAAGCGAUUCUGCGCGCUGUUGAAGCGAAUCAAGAUGUGCUAAAUUUUGGCCCAACUUUUGAUCUUCUUAUCAAGGAGAUGGCGCUCCUAAUGGGGCCAUAUACGCCAGCGGUCAAAAGUGAAGACCUAACCGCCAUGGCUAAUAUUUCUGUGGACUCGCUGGUCGCUGUAGAGGCUCGUGCAUGGCUAAAACGUAAUCUCGGCGUCGAGAUAGGUCUUGUUGAUAUUGCCACGGCAGGGACUGUGAACGGCGUCGUCUCUCUUGCAAUAGAUGCCCUGGGCAUCAAAUAUACCUCAAAAUCUUUGACUGGCUCGUGA